AUGCAGCCCCACACAUACCAAAAACAUGCUGGACCUGGCACACGCUUCAUCCCACCCAACCUGUCGAACCAAUCCCACUAUCAACCACACGUUGGCAGUCUUGCACCCGCAGGCGCACAUGUCCCAUCGGAAUACUUGGCCCCCGCGGCUGGCCCUCAGUUCAACAUAGCUAACCCACAGCCCAGCCCUGCUGGUGCCCCAAGCGUCCCAGUCAGCACCAAUGGAGCCCAAGGAGCCGGCCGACACCCAGAUCUUUCUACCCCCCAAUUAUCAACUCAAGUGGAGGUGAUGUCUGGUGGGCAUAGGACCAACCCAAGCCCCACACAUGGGCAACUAGGUCUAAUUGGCCGCAGUGAAACUGGUGGGAUUGGGCCGGUCCGAACCACACCCCAAACCAGCCACCUCAAUCAUUCUCCCUACAGGUACGAAGCCCGGUCAUCCGCUGGUGACUCAGCCAGCAGUUUUAGUCAAAGAUCAAGCUUAUCGGACUUGUCAAACGACUUGAUCCGGCCGGAAACACUCACUUACAUCCGUGAGAAUUACCAACAACUGCAAGAGAGCCUUGACAAUCACAAGGAGUUCACUCGAAUUGGUCAACCACUCUUCAUGAUUCCGGAGCAAGAGCGGUGGGCAGCAGCCAUUGCAUUGAUAUUGCAUCGUGACCGUGUCAACAUAUCAAUCCCAGCGGCCACCCCAGGAAUGGAGACAACCCAAGACACCCCCAACCUCAAGAGCCUAGUGAGCACCAACAUCCGAGUCAUAUUGCUUGAUCCCAAACUCGACAUCUAUGGACAGCGAGUGUCAGCCUCUGGGUAA